GAGGGAACACAGAGGUGGUGGAGGAACAGGCAGAGCCAGGAGGUGGCCGAGAGGAAGAAGAAGGGAAAGAGGUAAACGCGUAUCGUAAUGCACAAUGGUGCAUUAGCCAGGAGUAGACGGUCAGACGGUCUCUCCCGCGGACCGAUUCCGAAAUUCGGUCUAUCGAGGAGCGGAGAGAAACAUACAUUUUCCGGAAGAAAAAUUUCGAAAACCCGGUGUGGGAAAAAUCGGUCCAGAGGGAGGCGGGCCAACGAAGGAGGGAUUCAUGUCACACGCGCGUAUGAUUCGAUCAAUUUCCAAAGGAUCCGUCCUUCGGUCUUUCGAGAACAAUUGAACACCCGGUAUCGAAGCCAGGAGGAGUCAGGUAUCCGCAUGAUUCUCAUAAACGCUUGCAAGUUUUUCUCACUUGACAUCGAAGGACAACGAUUGAAGGAGUUAAGUUGAUCCGGAGGAAGCUCGAGUAUAUUGUACAUGAUACAGAACUGGUGCGAGAGGAAAAGAAAGAAAAAGAAGAGGAAAAAAAAUAGAGGGAACGAUUUUUAUUUCAUCGAUUGAAACGCCAACUUCUUCUCGAAUAAAAUCGGCGUUUUGUCGAAGAAGAGAUGGCCGACAAUACUACCAAUUCGUCGACGACGGAAAAGAGACGGGGAGAGACGACCGGUAACCAGGUGAUAUCCGAGAAGGCGGUCGUCUGGAAAUCCAUGACGUUGCGCCAGAAAUGGUCCUACUUCACAAGAAACAUCACCGUGGAGCCUAUGAUAGCCUGCUACGUGAUCCCUUGCAUGCUCGCCUCCCUCGCUACGCAGAAUCUCAGCUUGGAAAAAGCGUGCAGGGUGAACUUGGCCUAUCCCGACGACGUUUGCACGGCGUUGGCAAGGAGGAACACGACCGGUUACGAGAAGGAGGAAAUCGCCGUUCAACAAUUGGUCGCCGGUAUGCAGACGUGGAAAACAGCCCUGUCCAGCGGAUUGCCGACCAUCUUGAUCCUGUUCAUGGGCUCGUGGAGCGAUCGCACGGGAUUGAGGAAACCGUGCAUGCUGUUGCCCAUCGUUGGCGAGUUUCUCAGCAGCGUCAGCAUGUUGCUGUGCACUUACUUCUUCCACGAGGUGCCCAUGGAAGCGACGGGCGUGCUCGAGGCACUUUGGCCAGCGUUGACAGGGGGUUGGUUCACAAUGUUCAUGGGUGUUUUCAGUUACAUCGCGGAUAUCACGUCCGUCGAGUCGAGGACGCUUAGGAUCGGCGCCGCUAACGUUUUCCUGUCCCUCGGUGUCCCGAUCGGGAUGGCAUUGUCCGGGAUAUUGUAUCUGAAGCUUGGCUUCUACGGUGUAUUCAGCAUCUCGACCGUGUGCUACGUGUUGAGUUUCAUUUACGGUUUAGUGGUGAUCAAGGAACCGCCUAAGCCGCAUCUGAGGAAAAUGGAGAAGGCGGAUAACGAGAGGAUGUCUGUGUGCGCCUCGAUCUUGGACUUUUUCGCGUUCAAACAUAUCGAGGAGACCUUCCGCGUCGCGUUCAAACAGGGGAGGAAUAACAGGCAGAAGAGGGUGCUGGUGCUCAUGGUUAUCGUUAUGGUUGUGAUCGGUCCGCUUUACGGUGAAAUGGCAGUGAUGUAUCUUUACAUGAGAUACAGAUAUCAUUGGAACGAAGUUAUGUUCAGUAUGUUUACCACGUUUGCCAUGGUGACAAAUUUAAUCGGAACUGCGAUAUCCGUCGGUGUGUUUAGUCACAUUUUAAAGAUCGAUGAUGCCAUUGUUGGAAUAAUGAGUUCCAUGAGUAAAAUUUUAGCUGGCUUCGUUUACGCGUUUGCCAUAACAGACUGGAUGAUCUAUUUAGGAAAAGUGAAUUCGUUGCUUGGCGUCUGCGAAUCUCUGAUGCCACUCAUCUACGGGCCAAUGUACAGUUCCAUUUAUGCUGCAACCAUGAAAACAUUUCCAGGAACGUUCUUUAUUGUUGGCGCCUGUAUGACCAUGCCAGCAGUCGCCGCGUUCUUUUGGCUGUACACCGAGCAUAGAAAAGAUCGUCAAUUACUGGAGCAAGAGAAGAAAGCGAAGAGCAAAGAAGAAGAGAACGAUUCGAAGAUUGCAAAAUGGCAAGUUGUUAGCGAGAAAAAACCGGAAGUUCCUACGAUGAACGGCAUUGCGAACGCGGCUUUCGAAUCAGAUCAUUUAUAACGAAUAAUUUAUUAUUACAAAAUACGUAAUAAUAUUCGAUCGCGUCAUAAUCAUAUAGAAAAAAGAAUUGAAAGAAUGAGCAAAGAAAUGGAAGAGUCGCAUCUCAUAAAAAGUAAAUUAUAUCGAGAGGAAUUAGCUUCUUAAUAAAUUUUUCAUUUAACGUACAAAAUAUAAGUAUGAAGAAAAAAAAUAAUUAGAAAUAUAAUCGUGCACUGUAUACGUGUUUACAUGGUACACUUAAAGAUGUCCAUUUUACAAUCAUUUUAUAUUUGAAAUAUCUUAAAAAUGAUCUAAUCUAAACGUCUUAAAAAUGUCUGAUAUAAAAUGUUAUGAAAGCAUUAUGAAUCUUGAAAGGUUAAAGAUUUUUUUUUUUCUUUUAAAUAAUUAUUUUUGUAAAUUAUAAUUAAUUGAUUUUGAUGAUUUUAUAGUUGGAAAUUUGUUUUUUUUUGAAAAAAAAUUUUUAAAACAAUUUUUAGGACAAUAUAUACAGACAUUUUAAAGAUAUCUCUGUCUGGAAAAGACCAAAGAAGGAAAGAGAUAAAUUGAAAUCUUAAUAAUAAAUAACGUCACCCACUUACUCAGCUUGGAAAAUAUACUUUAAAUAAAGGAUAACUUUAUUCACUCUAUUUGAAUAAUAAUAAAAACAAAUAGGUAAUGAUUAUGUAAUAUCUUUUAAAUUAAUUUUACUCGAUUAUUCAUUUACUCGAAAAUAGCUAUCCUUUAUUUCAAGUCCUAGUACAAACAGUCUCCGGUACUUAAUAAAUAAAUGGUAACAAUAGACAAUGUGGAACAGGUUUUAUAUCUGUUCAAGCGUAUCAGUAUUACAAAUGCUACUUGCGUAUAUUAUUUCCAAACUAUUGAUAUUAAUGCGAUGAAAAAAAUGAGAAUACGUGAUGAGAGAAAUUCAAAAGUAAGAAAUUAUAUGCUUAUAAGAUAUAAUAUAUAUCAUUUCUGAAUGACCGAGACGUGAAUUUCAUCUUGUGUUCGACAUUCUUAAAUUGAUGUAAGUCUCAUAUUAACAGGAGAAGAGAAAAAAAAUAACAAAAUACCACAUUAUUAUAUACGUAUUGUUUUAUUUUUUUUUUUUUUAUUUUUUUUUUUUUUUUUUUUUUUUUUUUUUUUUUUUUUUUUUUUUUUUUUUUUUUUUGUCUGUAGAUUAUACAUUUUACGAGAAAAAUCGUUACAUGAACGAUCUGAUAUAUACGUUUUUAAAUAAUAUUUAUGAUAAGAUCUUGCAUCAUUCUCGUAUAUGUACUAUAGUUUAUUAUGUGAUAUAAAUGAAAAUAGUUUUGUAUUUAGUAAAUAAAUAAAAUUUACAAAAAGACAAACGAUAUUCAUCGAUACAAGUUCUUUCAAUUAUUAUUAAUAAGGAUAAUAAGAAUUCUAAAGAUUCAUUUUAAUGGAUUGGCGAUCAGCAUGGUCUAAUGUUCGCAUAGUGAUAAUAAAUGUUAAUUCAUCUUAUUACAAAGCUUUUUUUGCUGUUUAUGCAACAACGAUAAAAAAAAUUGAAUGUUUUGCAAAUAUAUAUUAUAAUAGAAUGGAACGUUGUGAUUAGAAUAAAUCUCUAAUUCCGCAA